ACCACGUGCAGAGCUCAACGUGUGACACAGCAGCUCAACAACAUGGCGGCGUGCAGCGUGGAAGCGCUGCUAGCGAAAGCGGAGCAAGAGGAGGCCGAGAAACUGAAGAGCAUCUCGGUCCAGAAAGAGCUCGAGCUGGAGUUCGACAUCGGCAACCUGCUGGCGAUUGACAAAAACCGCAUCGAGUCCCGGGACUUCCGGGAGCAGAAGAAAGAAGACUUCCUGCGGUCGCUAGCACGCGACAACACGCAGCUGCUCAUCAACGAGAUCUGGAAGCAGCCCACGGAGAGGGUCGAGGAGGCGAUAGUCACCAAACUACCGGACCCGGUGACCGCGCUGCCCCGCGAGAAGCCGCCCCCGAAGCCCAGGGCGCCCACCAAAUGGGAAGAGUUCGCCAAGCUCAAAGGCAUCCAGAAGAAGAAGAAGACCAACUUGGUGUGGGAUGAAACCGCGAAGGACUGGCGGAGGCGCUGGGGCUACCAGAGGGCCAAGGACAACACCAAGGAGUGGCUGAUCGAGGUGCCGGUGACCGCGGACCCCAACGAGGACCAGUUCGCCAAACGCACCGCGGCCAAGAAGGAGCGAGUGGCCAAAAACGAGUUCAACCGGCUGAAGAACAUCGCCCGGGCGCAGAAGGUGAAGCUGCCCGGCGAAGGGCUCGUCCCGCGGGCCCAGCAGCCCAAAGAGGACCUGGCCAGGGCCGUGAGCGUGGCCAGGACCUCCACGGCGUCCAUGGGGAGGUUCCAGGACCGCCUGCCCAAGGAGAAACCCCCGCGGAACACGGGCAAGAAGAGGAAGUUCGAGCCCAACAUCGGGGACUUUUCCAGUGAGAAGAAGAAGCAGCUGGAGAUGCUGCGGCUCAUGGGCAGCAAGACGCCCAAGCUGGACAUCAACAAGGCCGUCGCCAAGCAGAUCAGGGAGGAGAACCGGGAGGAGGCCGUGGCCAAAUACAAGAAGGGGAGCAAGAAGGGACGCCCGGGCAGCAUGUCGGGGAAAGGGAAGGGUGGGAAAGGAAAAGGGGGCCAGGGGGGUAAAGGAAAAGGAAGCAUGGGGGGCAAAGGUAAAGGAGGCCAGGGGGGCAAAGGAAGAGGAGGCCAAGGGGGCAAAGCUGGAGGGGGGAAGAGGAGAGGCAAACCUGGGCAGCAAUAAGGACUCUGUAUCCCGCUCGAUCCGUUUGUGCAUUCGGACUGGACAUAAAAGAUGCAAUAAUGUGCCAGAAUAACAUUUUGAUUCAUGUCUGUGAAUGAGGGGGUGUGUGGUGUUGCGACUGUCCAUCUGUAAACAUCCGUCCCAGCGUUCACAGAGGUCGGCCUGUUUUGAUAUGUUUUUCGUUUUGAAAAUUAAAAUCAGUAGAUUCUGUUUUUGUCAAUCGUUUUUAGUUUUAGAGAUUUCAUCACAAUGGGACUAUUUCAACUGUGAUGGGGAAGAAACGCGUAGGUGUAACCAAUAGCAACAGCAAACACGGGAUGUAUUCGAUCGUCUUGCAUUACGCAAAUAUCAAUAACUUUAAAUAGUGCGUAAAAAAGAUUUUCAUGCCAGAAACGAACAAUUUAAAAGUUAGUUGUCUGUGACCAUUAAGAAUAAUAUUUAUAUAAACAUGCAACAGUAAACUAUUUACACCUUGUAAGUAAUCAGUGAUCCCAUUGCAAGGGUUCAAAGGUCAAAAUGCAGAGAAAUGUUUUCCUUCGGUCAUGAGUGACACGUUAUGCAGAAGAAGCUAAAUGGAUUUCCAGAGGCUGCUGUAACAAAACAAACAUUUACGCCUUUUUAAUAGAAGCUAUGCAUCGUCUCGCGAUUUAA